UACAUGUCCCAAGCUGCUUUGCUUACACCUGAACCUUGUUAGAAUCCAUAUGUGCCACGGUGAACAACUGCUGACACACUAGAACCGCCCGACUUCUGUUUUCUAUCAAUCUUGGGCGACUAAGGUCUGGCUUGAGUGUCUCUCUCUCUCUCGCUCUCUUGCUGUCUGCACUCUCCCUCCCUUACUCUUUCUCUCCAGAGUCAUCGGGCCGCACACAACUCUACCUAAAGUCGUACAAAGAGAGAGAAGCAGGAAGGUUCGAUUCAUCGAAGUAGUGCUGCCAUGUUUGCUCUCGGCUCGUUCUUAUUGGCUGGACUGAUAUGUCAGAGUUUGGGUCAGUAUGAUUACGAAGACGAAUACUACAUACCAUACGCACCAUUGGAGGGAGCAUCAACUGCCAAUUGUGCCCAGGAGUGCGAAUGCCCCCCCAGCUUCCCCACAGCAAUGUACUGCAACGACCGCAGCUUGAAGUUCAUUCCCAUUGUGCCAACAGGAAUCAAAUACCUCUACCUACAGAACAACUUCAUUGAGGAGAUCAAGGCUGGCGUGUUCGAUAACGUCACCGACCUUCGCUGGCUUGUCCUCGACAACAACAUCAUCACCAGCGAAAAGAUCCAGGCUGGUACCAUUGAUAAACUGGGCAGCUUGGAGAAGCUCCUCUUCAGUCAUAACAAGCUGACCAAACCCCCUGGUCUUCGUACGAAGUCUCUGGAUGAGUUGAAGCUGGUUGCCAACCAGCUAAACUCGUUCCCUGCUACCACCUUGUCCGGGAUGGAACACCUGACCACCCUUCACCUGUCCAAGAACAAGCUGACUACCGAGAGCCUCACCGGUGCCUUCAAAGGCCUCAAGUCACUCCUUUUGCUGGACGUGAGCGAGAACAUGCUCAAGAAACUUCCCUCGGGAGUUCCAGCCUCGCUUUUGAUGCUCUACGCCGACAAUAACGACAUCGACAGCGUCCCUGGUGGCUACCUGGCCAAGCUGCCGCUCCUGCAGUAUCUGCGCGUCUCCCACAACAAGCUGGUGGACUCUGGAAUCCCUGCAGGUGUGUUCAACGUGUCCUCUCUCCUUGAGCUCGACCUGUCUUUCAACAAGCUGAAGACCAUUCCAGAGAUCAACGAAUCGCUCGAGCACCUGUACCUGCAAGUCAACGAGAUAAGCAAGUUUGACCUGACGAAUAUCUGCAAGUUCAGCUCCCCGGUCAACUACUCGAGACUGAGGACCCUGCGCUUGGAUGGAAACAACAUCACACACAGCAGUAUGCCGGAUGACACGGCUAACUGCCUACGCCAGGCCUCAGAGAUCAUCUUUGAAUAGGGUCACAUCCCGCCAGUAGUUCAUCCAACUAAUUAAGGCUAUUGCUCUUAUUAGACACGCUGAAUGACAUCUGCACGUCUUUAUUCAUGAUCCUGGCAACCACGUCUGGUAACUUGCACGUUGAUGGCAAUAUUUACUCUCUAACACGUUUGUAUGAAAAAUGGGCAGCAAUAGUCUGGAAUCUUGAAAAUCUUGCACAAUCUUGUAUGAUAUUGUACGAAGAGUAGAAGUUGAAUUUGACAAGAUAUUCCAGCCCAAGGCGUCAUCUAACUGACGCUUUUGACCAUGCGGCAACAUCUGACGCACUUUAGCGUCAAUAUGAGACGCGGC